UUUCGUUUAAAUAUUUAAAUUUAAAGGUAAUAAAUGUUCGUCAGUUCCGGCUACAGGAAAAUGUUUUUUCUGGCUCACUUCUUGUGGACAUGUUUUUUGUGGAGAAUGUGCUGGAAUUGAAAAAGGAUGUAAGUUUAUUUUAUGAAAAGAUUUUUUUUUUUGAAAACCUGGAGGAAGGGCAAUACUAUUGGUUUGUUUUUCCAAAAAAAUUUGACUUGAUAAUUUUCGAGAAAAUAAUUGUCGGGUCUUUUAGAUCGCUCAGGCAUUUUCCUCAUUUAGUGACCAACCUAAUUAAAAAAACACUAUUUUAAACUGAAUGAGGGUGUUUUUGGGUUAUUUCGAAUUGAGACAGGACAUUUAAAUUUAGCUUUUGUGCAUGGAACUGCAAGUUCCGUUUCUUGUUUUGUAUGUCAUCACAAUGUAAAAGCUGUUCAAAUUCGUCGAGGUAUGGAUCAAUCAGCAGCUGUGCUUUUUCGUCCACCUAAUGAAUUGUUGCAAAAACUGAGCCAAUUUUACAAAAUUGGUGAAAUUAUUAAAUUCCAAGCUUGGCAGUUUGCGAGUUUUCAACGUCUUAGACAGGGAAAGGAUACUUCUCAGGAAGUUUACUACAAACAAUUACUUCAAAAGAAAGAUCGAGAAUUGGAGAAGGCUUUAGAAGAGAAUAAGCGGUUUACUACUCUACUUGAAAACAAAGAAAAGGAAAUUCGUCAACUAUCUCAACAACAAAAAGAAAUGACACAAAACAAUUUAACGAUUAUGGAUGCUUUUUCUGAUGAUUCUUUUAUGCCACCUCCAACAAAGCGUCAAAAAUAUUUAUCUAUGAAUUGUCAUUCUUUUAAUACGCCUCUCUCAUUUGGUGGUGAAUUUAACAAAACGAGUACUCCGAUUCAAAAUCAUUCUCAAUCUUCAUCCAAUUCUUUUGUACCGGCAUCUUCUACUUUUUCUCAUAGGCUUUCUGCUACAGGGUCAAUCUUUCACCGACCGUCGCCUUUACCUCUUGGAAAAAUUACAAAAGGUCAAGUUUUGCCUCCUCAACAAUUUAAACAUCGUUGGUGCAAGUAA